GCCCCGCACUAGUGUUUGUAUGGCCACUGUUGCCUUGUUGCGUUGUUUUGUGAAAAAUUUUGUUUUUAAUAGGGAUAAAGAUAAAGUUUUUUAAAGUGUUAAAAGCAUAAGCUAAAGCUGUAACUAAAUUGCUCACAAUGGCAACGCGCGGCGGUCCGAUGGUCGCUGGCACCGACGGCAACGAUUUCGAAUUUAGACAACGCGUGGCAGGCACAUAUCAAAUUAGUUUGUUGAAUAAAUCACGCCUGAAGUACUGCAUUUUCUUUCAUGCCAUGCUUUUCUUUGUGAUGCUGGCCAAAUUGACUUCUGACAUAUUGGAUCGAUUGGACAUAUUUGUGUUGGAAAUUGAAGAAUUGGAAGUACCUCCGCCACUCUGGUGGGAGUAUGUAUGGGCUGGCUCAUUGCUCACCUCGUUUGUGGGUUUGUCGGCGGCACGGGGAAACAAGGUGCGGGAUAUGCAGAAGUACAUGAUUGCCAUUCUGGUCUUUGGCAUUGUGCCCUUGCUCUACUGUUUCGCUUACUAUUUCUCGGAUAUGUGGGAGUUUUUGACCCUGGAUAAGACCGUGGAAUUGGAUGAGACUGACAUAUUUGUAUGGCGCGGCUAUCCCUAUGGUGUGUUUUGGUAUGCCUUCUGCUUUGUGGGCUUUCAAAUUCACGGAUUCACGCUAUACUUUGCCUACACUCUAGUCAAGGCCUGGAAGGCCCGUACUGCCACGCGUAAAUUUCAGUAAACUCUGAAACAAUUCGGUGGACUGAAGGUGGUUGAAGCACUAAAAUACUCGCCAAAAUAGUUAAAACCAAGCUAGACGCUGUAGGCCUAGUUGUAUAUAAUUAACUCUCCAAGAAACGAAUUGAAACGACAAGCAGCUGUUAAGUUAUCGCACAUUUUUUAUAAUACCUACAUCAUACAGAUACAGGAUACAGGCAAAAAUACUUAAAGUGCUCUCUUAAGCAAGUAUAUCAACGUUAAUGUUUUUCUUUUUUUUUUGUUAAUUACAAGUUAAUACCGUUCAAACCAUUUAAAAAAACCAAAAGGAAACACAUAUACAUACAUAUAUGAAUACUAAUCUGAAGAAAAUAUUUAUAGUCACUUAUCCCAAAUUGCUAAAUAAUGUAUGUAAAUACAAAUUUGCAAAUUCAAGUCAGGACAACAAAGCAACUGAAGCCACCAAUUUUUCCCCGAAUAGGAAAACAAAAAUGAAAGAAAAACUUUGUCUUUUCACUUACUUACAUUUCAACGUGCCUCGUGUUUGUUAGAAACGUUAUAAAUAUAUAAACAAAUAUAUAUAUAUACACACACAUAUAUAUAUGUAUAUAUGUGAAGAUACAUUUAUAAUUAUAUAGAUUUCUAUUUGUCACUAUUAGUUUUAGUUGUUUUCUACAAAUUUUAAAAAGUGUGUUGAUUUUGUCAAUUUUUAUUAUUUCCUUCCUGACACGCACAUAUUCAGUGCUAUUUGUUGAACGUUUAUGGAGAAAUGUCAACCUCACCCCUCCCCGUCAAAUAUAAUAUCAUUUUACAUUAUUCAAAUGCAAUUUGAGUGUUUAAGCAAAGUUUAUUAAAGUUCUGAUCGUCAAUAAUAAUUAUAAUAAAUACUGUUGUAAUAACACACACACACACAUACACAAAAAACACACAUAGCAAAUUGAAGUGUUGUGCGUGCGAGAUAAUUUUUUUGAAUAGA